UUUAGAAUUCAAUUUUACAAUCCACAUUUGCGACUCCAAUUGCCGCUUCACCUUUACAACAUUUUAAAUAUGGGAAAGAAGAGAAAGGCCUCCAGCGGCCCUUCGCAGCCAAAGGGCCCUCGAGAAUACGAUCCAGCUGAUGCAAGACUCGGUCCCAUCAACAGCUACGAAGACGUAGCUGACUCGGAAGAUGAAUACUUCUUAAACAAGGACCAGAUCCUUUUCGAUGAUGGUCCGAAGUCCAAAAAGCAGAGACGGAUAGAAGAGGAGGACGAGUUUUUGGAAAACUCCGACGAAGAAGCACUUGCUUACGAUGACGAAGACUCGGAUGAUGACGAGGGCGACGACCAAGAUGAUAACACUCGCAAGCCUACGAAAUCCGCCAAGGGACGGCGUGACAAUGGCUCUGAAUCUGGACAGGAGGAAGGAGAGGAAGGCGACUCUAACUGGUGGGGUUCCUCUAGAAAAGAAUAUUACAAUGCCGAUAACCUCGAGACGGAAGCCGACGCCUUGGAAGAGGAGCAGGAAGCCCGACGGCUACAGAAGAAGAAAUUGGCCAAGAUGUCAGAGAGUGAUUUCAUCUUUGACGAAGCUGAAUGGCUUGCUCCUGAAGCCGAUGAUGUUGACCAGAACGAGGUUGUCACCGAAGUCUUGAAGGAUGUUGAGAUUCCAGCUGAUAUGGGCGCCGAGGAGAGGUAUCGUCUCUUACGAACAAGGUACCCCGAGUUUGAUUACCUAGCGGAUGAGCUCCAACAAUUACAACCUCUACUCGUGGAUGUUCAAAAACAGGCAGAAGGUCAACCAUCAAAAUCGUUGGCGGUGGUCAAGUACCGGGUCCUUGGUUGCUAUGUUGCUACGCUUGCGAUGUAUUUCGCUACUAUGACAUCGCCAGCCAGAGAUGCCGCCAGCGGGAACACAAAAUCGCUCGAUCCAACAGAACUGCGGGAUCAUGAGGUUAUGGGGACAUUACUUGAGUGCCGAGAUGCUUGGAAGAAGGCGGAACAACGGAAGGCUAAGGCUAUCGAGGAAUCGCUUGCUGAUCUUGAUGCGCUUAUUACCACAAAGAAGAAGUCGAAGAAACCAAGCGCCGAGAUCGCGACUAGGGAUGGUGACUCGGACUUUGGAGAAGAAGAAACCCUCGAUGCCAAAGCAGCGGCUGAAAAGGCAGCACGCAAGAAGAGUCUUAGGUUUUACACUUCGCAGAUCGUACAGAAAGCCAAUCGCCGUGCGGGCGCAGGCAGAGACGCGGGUGGUGAUAUGGAUAUCCCCUACAGAGAGCGCCUCAAGGAUAGACAAGCUCGUCUCAAUAUCGAAGCAGAGAAGCGCGGGAAGAACUCAAGUAUGGGCGCUGAUCUUGGGGAUGAUAGCGACGAAGAAGACGGUCGAGUUACCAAUGCCAUGAGAGACGACGAAGAUGAAUACUAUGAUAUGAUCGCAGCCAGGUCAAGCAAUAAGAAGGAGGAGAAGGCAGCUAGGGCGGCAGCUCUCGCGGCAGCUAGCUCAAGGGACCGGGUUGUUCAAAAGGAAGUGGUUGGCGAGGAUGGAAAACGCAAGAUUUCUUACCAGAUAGAAAAGAAUAAGGGACUCACGCCCCAUCGGAAGAAGGACGUAAGAAAUCCAAGAGUCAAGAAGAGGAAGGCAUAUGCAGAGAAGCAAAAGAAGUUGAAGAGUAUGAAGGCAGUGUACAAGGGCGGCGAAGGUCGGGGUGGAUAUGCGGGAGAGUUGACUGGUAUCAAGCCCGGCUUGAUCAAGAGUGUCAAGUUAGGCUAGACAUUAAUAUUAUGAGUGCCGCCUUCUAUGAUAUUCUAUCU